GAGCCUGGAGCCAUGGGCUUGAGCGUCCACCUCCUGGUCUGCCUGCUGGGGACAGGCUCCUGGGUGGCCAUCAACGGCAUGUGGGUGGAGCUGCCUCUGCUGGUGCCCAGUGUGCCCGAGGGCUGGCUCCUGCCCUCCUACCUCACCGUGGUCAUCCAGCUGGCCAACGUGGGCCCCCUGCUGGUCACCCUGGCGCAUCGCUUCCUGCCCGGCCGGCUGCCCGAGGUGGGCCUCAUCAACGCCCUCCUGGGCCUGGGCUGCCUGGCCUGCCUCCUGCUGGCCUUCCUCUGGGGGGAGCGCAGCCUGGUGGGCGGCUCCCCCCGCAGCGUGGCCCUCCUGGCGCUGCUCUUCGGCCUGGCCCUGGUGGACUGCACCUCCUCGGUCACCUUCUUGCCCUACAUGCGGCGCCUGCGCCCCGCCUUCCUCCCCAGCUACUUUGUGGGAGAGGGGCUGAGCGGCCUGCUGCCGGGGCUGGUGGCACUGGGGCAGGGGGUGGGCGUGGCCCAGUGCCUCAACGGCAGCAGCAGCCAGGAGGCGGGCAAUGUCACCGCCUGGCCUCUGCAGGUGGAGUACCAGGCCCCGCGCUUCUCGGUGCGCACCUUCUUCCUCUUCCUCAGUGGGAUGAUGGGCGCCAGCCUGGCUGCCUUCCUCCUCCUCAGCCACCUGCCGGCAGCCAGGCAGGAGCGGGCCCAGGAGAAGCACCAGGUGCGGCUACAGGGGGGCGACGGGCACCUCACGGUGGAAGAAGGUGCUGCACCCCAGGGCGCCUGCUGUGAUGCCAGCUGCCGCCGCUCCUGGGCCUGGAGGCUCUACGUCUUCGGCGUGCUGGCCUGGGUCAACGCCCUCACCAACGGCACGAUGCCCGCCAUCCAGUCCUACUCCUGCCUCCCUUACGGGGACUUCGCCUACCAUCUCUCGGCCACGCUGGCCGCCCUGGCCAACCCUCUGGCUUGCUUCCUGGGCAUCUUCCUGCCCAACAGGUCUCUGGUGCUGAUGGGGAGCCUCACGGCGGUCGGAUCCCUCCUAGCCUUCUACAUCAUGGCCAUGGCGGUGCUCAGCCCCUGCCCACCCUUGCUGCACCUGCCCUCCGGGGCCAUCCUCAUUGUGGUGUGCUGGGUGCUCUUCGUGGGUACCCUUUCCUACGUCAAGCUGAUGGUGGGGCUGCUGCUGCGGGAGGAGGGGCGCCGGGCCCUGGUGUGGUGCGGAGCGGUGGUGCAGGCCGGCUCCAUGGGGGGCGCCUUGGCCAUCUUCCCCGCCGUCAACCUCUACCGCCUCUUCCGCGAGGGGGAGCCUUGCCACAGCACCUGCCCCAGCUGA